CAAAGUACGCGCACAGCAAAAGACAAGCAACAAGCUAAAUUGAGAACUUGUGACAAUUUGUGACUUCACUCCUUGCUUUGCGCAAAGUACUCGUACUGCUCUAGUACUUGCACACCCAUUUCGGCAUAGUCACACAUUCGUUCGGUGCUCUUUGUUUGUCUGCAAAUUAGCGACGGUUAUUUUUAAAUAUUUCGAUUUUUUCUUCAUAAACUUGUGACAAUUGGAAUUCAAAGUAUUUUUUUGUUUUCUCUUUUGUUUCACUAUUUUUAUCGCUGUCGGGUAGUUUUGUACGCAACAAAGGAUUUAUCAAAAUGAAGUCUUUCGGCUGUUUGGAUUUUAUCAUUUGCUCGACUGUGGUUGUUGUAGCUUUAGCUGGAUUUUCUGAAGCUGAGUUGGAGCAAAAAAAUCGUCGCACGGCCGGCGGACCUUCCGGACUCAUAGCAUUCCCGCGCGUCGGCCGCAGCGAUCCCAGCCUGGUCAAUAAUUUGCAUGAGGCUGACAUUUCAGCGUUCAGCGACAACAUGUACCCGGCAUCUGUGGAAGACUACGAAGUUGAAUAUCCAAAAAGCGAAAUAAAACGCGCCAGUUUGAUUGCUUUCCCACGUGUGGGACGCAACGACGCGCAAUUACGCAAAUGGGCGCGCAUUAUGGCGCUACAACAGGCGCUGAACAAGGGCACCGGCCCCAGCGCUACCUCUGGCCUUUGGUUCGGCCCGCGCUUGGGUAAGCGCAGCGUUGACGCACAACAACACCAACAGCCUAAGUCAACGGGCAGCGGCCAAAAGGAGCUCUAUUAAGCAGCAACGCACAAAGCCGUGCAAGUUAAAGCAAAUAACAACAACAAAAAUAUACCAACGACGUUGACGAAACUGCGCACAAACGUUUAGGACGACGACUAUGGAUCUAAUGAAACCCAACUACCAGUUACCCAAUUGUAAAGUUAGCGAAUAUUGAAUGGAAGCGAGCAUAAGUUUUAUGCAAAAAUAAACAAACACAACUUUUUUUUUAGAAAUGUAAUUUAUAAGAAAAUUGCGUAAAAAAUGUACCUAAAUAAAAAAUAAAAAUAAUAAUUAAGGCGAAAAAAGGUUUUUCGUGGACACAAAGCAG